CUAUUUACAAUUCAUGAAUUUGCUCUCUCCCUCUCUCUACAUUGCCGUUUCUCUCUCUACAAUAUCUCUCCCUUAGGGUUCGUUUACAGAUUCUCAGCGGCGACGAUGUCUUCCCCAAAGAUGAUAUUGUUGAAAAGUGCUGACGGCGAGACCUUCGAGGUCAUGGAGGCGGUUGCUCUCGAGUCCCAGACGAUUAAGCACAUGAUUGAAGACGAUUGCGCAGAUACUGUUAUACCGCUUCCCAACGUCACUAGCAAGAUAUUGGCUAAGGUUAUAGAAUACUGUAGGCGCCAUGUCGAUCCUGCGAAGAGCGAUGACAAGGCGAACGAGGACGAUCUCAAAGCCUUUGAUGCUGAAUUUGUCAAAGUUGAUCAGAGCACUCUCUUUGAUCUUAUAUUGGCUGCUAAUUACCUGAACAUCAAGAGCUUGCUUGAUCUCACAUGUCAAACAGUGGCUGACAUGAUCAAGGGCAAGACCCCAGAGGAAAUCAGGAAAACUUUCAACAUAAAAAAUGACUUCACACCUGAGGAGGAAGAGGAGGUCAGGAGGGAGAAUGCCUGGGCAUUUGAGUGAAAUAUGCUCUCUGCUAAUUAAUUGUCUAUACUCGCCGUAGGGCAUACAUGCUAUGUGACCCAAUCAAUCUUAUUUAUGUUUCUCAGUUUAUGUCAGUAAAUAUGAUUAGAACCUCCUUGUUGCUUAAUUUUGUGAUUCAAUCAAGACAAAUGGCACCUUGCAUUUUGUGGUGUGGUUAUCCUUCCAA